AUGGUUAUAAACUCGAACAAUAGAAGGGCGGAUUAUGAGGCAUCAGCUAAUCCUAAUCCCAUGGUUAAAGCAGAGCUUAAUCUCCUAGCUCAUCUGAUGGGUGCAGUAGAGAAGAAAACAUCAGGUGGUCCUGGUAAAGAAAAUGAUUUCAGGAUCAGCAUGAAGUUUGCAGCUACUCGUCCCCCACCAGACAUGUACGAUGUCAAGAUUCAGACGAGCGAGGAGCUGAGUAGAAUAAUGGGAGACAUGGCUAUACCCGAUGCCUCUGGUCCAUCCAGUAAGGGUGAUGACCUUUUAGAACUGAUGGACAGCGCAUCAUGA